UUUUUAGAUGAUGUAUAUUUGGAGCAUUAUGCAGUGUUUAGGAAGUGAUUGUGAGGGAUCAUUGGAAGGUUUAAGUGGUAAUAUCAUGUUAUUCAUAGCAUUUUGUUUUCCAAGUAAUUAUAUUUACUUGAAUUGAAAUGGAAAUUCUCUCUUCAAACUUCUGCUUGGGAGAGUAGUGAACUGUUUGAUCGUUUGCAUUAGUAAUGGGAGUUUUGGGAUAUUAAAUUAGAAUCACUGGUUGUUGUUGUUUGUUCUUCCCUCCAACACCUCAACUUUGAAACACACUCUAAAGGAUUAGUGCUUUGAAGUGGGAGGGUCUGUUUAUGUAGGAAGCAUUGCACAUCAUAGAAGCUCACCAAAAAUGUUAUGUUACUAAUUUACUUUCUUGAGAUUAGUGGUUUUCAAUUCAUUCAGGAUGUUUAGAAUUGAUAAUCUUAGCACACACGACAUGGACCUUUAAGAAAACUGUUUCAAUGAUGAUAUCUUGAAACAUGCUUUAUAUUAAUUGGAAUCAUGGAAUGUUGAGAAAACAUAUGGAUAUUGAGAAGCUGUGCCUGUUCUGUUAUAUGCUGCUCAUUGUUAAGUUUGUACUUUGUAGAAUGAGAAACGAAUGAGUGGUAAAAGCAAUUCGCAAUGUAACAAUGAGUAGCAAAAAAGUAAUAUUUCAAGUUCACAGGAUGAGUAAGUAUAAUAAAGAGGAAGUACUUCAGAAAGCCGAAAAGGAUCUAGCAGCAGUGCCAGAUCACUACAUGUCCCGACUAGUCAAAGAAUUGCAGGGUACCGAUUUUUGGAAGCUACGACGAGCAUACUCGCCUGGUGUUUGCAGAUACAAGAGUAUGUUGAAGCAACUACUUUAUGCGGUUUCUGUAAAAAUGCUUGCGGAUUUGACUGGAGAACUGAUGCGUCUAGCUAUUAGUAGGAUAUCAGAUGGUGAGCUUGAAUUUGCUCAGAAGAUAUGCAGAUUUACUCGUGAUAUAUACGGAGAGCUUACAGUUGUAGUGCCACAUAUGGGUGAUAGUCAUGAUAUGAAGACAAAGAUGGAAAUAAUGCUCCAAAGUGUCAUGAAAAUAGAGAAUGCUUGCUUUAGUGUUCAUGUGAGAGGAUCAGAGUAUAUCCCACUUCUUGGAUCUAACGACCCGGGUUCUUUCUUGGUUGGAGUUGCAGAUAUCGAACUAUGAGGUAUGUUCAUUCUUCUCUCGCAUUCCUCCUUCAUUUUUAAGUUGCCAAUUUUCUAUUUAACAAUUUCCAAUGAAGCGGGAGUUUCCAUAUAACAGCAAUCCAUUGAAUGCUUAAUUUGUCAAGGUUGAUAUCACUGCACAGAAUCAAUAUCAGCAAUAUUGGCGAUGAAAUUUUGAAGUUCAUUCUUAUCAAACAUGGCACGACCCGUUGUGCCAUUUUACUGGUAAAGUUUGAGCUGAUCGCAUAUUAUUAGUGUUAGCUUGUACUAGAUCUUUCGAGAUCAAAGAAAUCAUUGACAUGAAGUUCGAAUUAUGCAAUGAUAUUAACAUCCAAGUUCCUUUCUAGUUU